AUGGCUUCACAAGGCAUCAAUGGCCCUCCCUACAAGUUCAUCCAUGGCAGCACCAAGGAAAUAUUCAAAUUGAAGGAGGAUGUCAUGAUGAAGAUGAACGGGCCCAUGAAGAAUGUUUCUCAUGAGAUUUUACCCAUCGUUGAGCCUCACAUUCACCGGUGGAAUAAAAUAUAUGGGGGAAUUUAUCUGUAUUGGUAUGGUCCUCAAGCUCAACUACUUAUCUCAGACACUGAGGUAGUCAAAGAGGCACUUAACGACAGAGAUAAAACAUAUGUGAAGCCAGAAUUACCAGGAGACAUCAAGAAGAUUUUAGGUGAUGGGCUUGUGAGUACUGAAGGCAAAAAAUGGACAAGGCAACGUAGAUUGGCACAUCUCGCCUUCCAUGGCGAAAGCUUGAAGGGCAUGAUUCCAGCAAUGGUGGAUAGUGUUCACAUGCUGCUCAAGAGAUGGCAGAAUUUAGAAGCCAAAGAGGUUGAGUUGUUCGAAGAGUUUACAGCAAUCUUGUCGGAAGUGAUUUCCAGGACGGCAUUUGGAAGCAGCUACAUUGAAGGGAGAGAUAUUUUCCAAAUGUUGGGAGAGUUGACUAUUAUAGCAUCGCGAAAUCUUUUCAAAUUAAGACUUCCUGGAAUUAGUAAGAUAUGGAGAACGAGUGAUGAAAUCAAGUCCGACCGACUGGAGAAGGCAAUACGCGAUGCGGUGUUAGGGAUAAUCGAUAAGCGAGAGAAGAAGUUGAAUGCAGGAGAAAUAGACGACUAUGGGAACGACUUCUUAGGGUCUCUUCUGAAGGCCUAUCAUGAUCCAGAUGAGAGCAAGAGAAUCACGAUCAAUGAUCUCGUGGAUGAGUGCAAGACAUUCUAUUUAGCAGGACAAGAAACGACGAAUUCCAUCCUCACUUGGACAUUCUUCCUCCUUGCAAUCUACAAAGAUUGGCAAGAAGAAGCCAGAAAAGAGGUGGCCGAUGUAUUUGGCGAUGAAGAUCCCAAUCAUGAAGGAAUCAUGAAACUCAAAACUGUAGAGAUGAUCAUUAACGAAACGCUUCGAUUGUAUCCUCCUGUCAUCAACGUCAUUAGAAAAGUCGAAAGGCAAGUCACAUUAGGAAAUCUCCUUCUUCCUCCGGACAUCAUCCUCCACAUACCGAUCCUGAAGAUUCACCACGACCCUCGAAUUUGGGGCGACGACGUGCGUCUUUUCAAGCCAGAGAGAUUCUCGGAAGGGAUCGCCAAAGCUACAAACAACAACGCCGCCGCGUUCCUCCCAUUCGGCUUGGGACCACGGAGCUGCGUGGGCCUGUAUUUCGCGAUGAACGAGGCGAAGAUCACCAUCGCGAUGAUUCUACAGCGCUACAGCUUCACUCUCUCCCCUGACUACAUCCACUUGCCGACCCAGAUCCUCGCCAUGCGCCCUCAACAUGGAGUCAAAGUGAUUCUUCAUCCCCUCUAGGUGUGAAUACGUGCGUGUUACAUUAGAGUAAGAAAAGGAUAAACGUUCAAUAAUGCACGGUCAUCGUGCUCCUAAAGUUGUCAUGUAGCUUGCCUCGAUCCCCUUGUUUCACACUCCGUCAGUGACCACUGCCUUCAAUGCUGUUCUA